AGACAAAUUUUUAUUGGGUGAAAUAUUUUAGCAAUGUCCUAUCAUUGUCAUUCUUUCUCUUGCAUUUGGAAAGACUUCCGACAACAUGGCGAUGCUUGCCCAACCACGCCGAAAGCAAAAAUUUGGGACCGAUCCUCGAAAUACUUUUUGGAGUAAUGAUGGAAAUAAGUUUGGACAGCGUAUGCUGGAGAAAAUGGGAUGGACACAGGGUAAAGGACUUGGUGCUAACGAGAAUGGUAGAACACACAACGUGACAGCAGUGUUCAAAGCCAGAGAUGAUGUUAGAGGAGUUGGUUGCACCAAAAAGUACGCAGACAGCUGGAUAGCCCAUCAGGAUGAUUUUAAUGCCUUGCUUCAGACCUUAAACCAGCAGCAAUCUCAGAAGAAUGAGACAGGAAAAGAGAAGUCUUUAGUACUCAGCCUUGAGGCCAAAUCAAAAUCUUCCCGCAGCAGAGUACAUUACCACAAGUUGACACGAGGAAAGGAUCUGUCAUCAAAAUCAUCAGAUGACCUAAACUGCAUAUUUGGAAGGAAAACUAUUCAGUCUUCCCAGCAAAGCACACCCAAUAUAUCUGGGGAAAGUUCUGAUGACAGCUCCCAGCAGUCUUUGCACUCAGAGCCUGCCUCUAUUGACACUAGUGGCAGCAGCCCAAGCAAGACAAGCGAACAUCACCAUGGUGUCAUCACUGUCACAAGCAGUUCCAGUAUCCAGGAGUAUUUUGCCCAAAAAAUGCAGGGGAGAAUGAAGCAGCAGAAUGCUGAUAUUGGGAGUUUCUCAGACUCAACUUCUAAUAAACCAACUGAAGAACUUCAAGAGGGCAGUUUACAAACAGAUAAGCACAGAAAACGCAAGCGUGACAUAGCAGACAUGGAUUCCAUUGCCAGUUUACCUGAAAAGAAAAAGAAGAAAAAGUCCAAGCAAAGAGAUACAAAAGAUGAAACCAGCACCUGUAGAAUGCCUGUGGACAUCCAUGAACCAGAACAUUCUGUGAUAAGUUUAAAGAAAAAGAAGAAACACAAGAAAAAAAAUAAAGAAGCUGAAGAAGGCGAAGCAGGCCAUGCUACAGACUGUUCUUCUCUCAAAGGUGGAGAGAUGGCGACUCCAGGAUCUAAUGGAAUCAGUGAUACAUAUGGACAGGAGCUGGAGCUGAUUCCUGGAUCCAACUUAGGCAGUAUUAAAGGGUAUGAAAAGUCUAAACGAAAAGAUACAGAAGAUGAAAGUAUAAUGCCUGUGGACAUCCUUGAACCAGAAUGCCCGAAAAAAAAGAAACAUAAGAAAAGACAUAAAGAAGCUGAAGAAGCAGGUCAGGCUAUAGAAUGUUCUUCUCUCAAAGGUGGAGAGAUAGUGACUCCAGGAUCUGAUGAAGUUACUGGUAGAGACAGACAGAAACUGGAGCACCUUCCUGGAUCCAACUUAGGCAGCAUUAAAGGGUAUGGAAUGGCUGAAGGAGCUAAACCAGGCCAGGAUAUAAACUUUGCAAGACGCAAAAGAUUAGUGCGGUUUUCUCUUGAAGGUGGAGAGAUAGUGGCUGCAGGAUCUGAAGAAGUUGCUGGUACAGACAGACAGAAACUGGAGCAGUUUCCUGGAUCCAAUUUAGGCAGCAUUAAAGGAUAUGGAAAUUAAGACAGGGGAAAUCUAGAAAAUAAAACCCAGGGAAUUUAAUAAUUCUAAACAAAUGUCAUUGAGUGUACUUAUAACAGCUUCUUGUAAGCAUUUCAAGAGUAAGAAAACAAGAUUUUAAAACCAAUCCUUAAAAAGGCCAAAAAUGUGCUCAACUACAUGAGUUAACCAAUUCUUGAAUUUUAACCAUUCGAAGGAACUUUUAGCUGUGGUGCAACAAAAAGUGGAAUGUCAUUCUGGCCAUGGCUGCAAAAAGCACAAGCACUGCCACCAGCUAGCACUUCAGGAGCUUUGUUAUGCUAUACAGUGGAAAGUGCUUGUCAUAAAGUUACAACUGCAAAAGUCUUGGAUAUGUACAUAGAUAGAUCACUAGAGACAAAGUUGAAGUCUUUAGAGAUGUGAUAUGCAUUGAUGAAAUAAAGACUUUGACAAAGGUAGUGACUAUCACAAAUUUAUGAAAGACACCACACAGUCUGUGCUUUCCUUUUCCAGAUGGUGAAAUUUACCUAUCCCCCACCCCAAAAAAUAAAAAAAACCAAGAAGCUUUAUAGGUUUGCUAAGGAAUCAGCUUACAGUGGAGGCUGUAUUGCUAUUGUUCAAUCUCAAUAUUAUUCUCUUGAUUAAUUUCAGCCUUUAAAGAAAAGACUGAGGGAUAUUAAAAUUGAACUAAGAAAGAAAGUAAAUAAUUUGUAGUCCGAGCUUUCAUUCAGUAAAUCAAGAUGCCUGUGCAGUC